CCGGCAAACGUGCAAGUUGUGAAUUUUUUAGUGUUGAGAGCACGCGCUUCUUAGCCAGAGAAAGAGACGAGAGCCUCGUAUAAAUCAACGUAACUGUUCAACUGUACGCUGGUGUGCAUGUAUGUGUGAGUUUUGUUUACUGCUGCAGCAAACAGCGAAGCUAAAACAAACAAGAGCCCCAACACCAGAGUGAAAGAGUCAGCAGCAACGUAAAAAGAAAUAAAAAUAUAAAAGAAGCUGAGCCGAGUACACGUUGAAGCAAAGAGAAAUUCUUUUAUAUUCAUUCUAAGCGCUAUAUAUAGAGCAAGAAACGUUCCAGAGCUAAAACCCCAAAAGCUUUGCAAUUAUUUAAGCACCUGCUGCUAAACAACAAUGGCCAGCAGUCACAUAACAGAUUUCUAUGCGGGACGCAAUGUGUUCAUUACGGGCGCCACGGGCUUUGUGGGCGUCACCAUUGUGGAGAAGCUGCUGCGCGAUAUUCCCAAUGUGGGCACGCUUUACCUGCUGAUGCGCGCCAAGAAGGGCAAGAGCGUGAAGGAGCGUCUGGAGGAGCUGAAGAAGAACAGCGUCUUUGAUCGCUUCAAGGAGCUGCAGCUGGAGGAGCGUUUGUCGAAAAUAGUGCCCAUUGAGGGUGAUGUGGGCCUGGAGCACUUGGGCAUUUCACCCAAGGAUCGCCAAACGCUUGUCGACAAUGUUAAUGUGGUGUUUCAUUCAGCCGCCACUCUGGACUUUUUCCAGUCGCUGAAGGAGACAACGAAUAUUAAUUUGCGUGGCACACGUCGCGUUGUGGAGCUUUGCCAGCAAAUACGCCAGUUGGAUGCUCUGGUGCAUGUAUCCAGUGCAUAUGUAAAUGCUUACAUAACCGAGGUUGAGGAGAAGCUGUAUCCAUCACCAGAUGAUCCAGAGAAGAUUAUACAGCUGGCCGAAACGCUCAACGAUGAGGCGCUCAAGGAGCUGGAGCCAAAGCUGCUUAAGGAUCAUCCCAAUACUUACACGUUUACCAAGCAUCUUGCCGAGCAUGAGGUGGCCAACACAGCCACGCGCUUCCCUUGCGGCAUUGUGCGUCCCAGCAUGAUCACUGCUGCCUGGAAGGAGCCACUGCCUGGCUGGACCAUCUCCAAGAACGGCCCACAGGGCUUCUUUAUGGGCGCCUCCAAGGGCAUUUUGCGUCGCCUGCCGCUGGAUCCCACCAUUAUUAUGGAUUAUAUACCCAUUGAUGUCGUUGUCAAUGGCAUCAUUACCACUGGCUACUACGUAAAUGCGCUCAAAGCUAAAAAUGGUGGACGACCCGCUGAGCUGCAAAUCUUCCAUUUGACAUCUAGCACAUAUAAGCCCUUCCGCUUUGAGUUUUUGGCUGACAAGAUCAAUGGCUAUUUGCAUGAUUAUCCACUGAACAGCGCUGUCUGGUAUCCCAAUCUGCGUUUGGUCAAGAGUUUGCUGCUUUUCCGUAUUGGCGCCAUACUCUUUCACUUUAUACCAGGAUUCUUUCUCGACUUGAUAACUAAAAUUGGCGGUGGCAGGCCCAUCUUGAUGCGUUUGCAUAAGAACGUUUGGAACUCACUGAACACUUUGGAGCGUUUCAUCUUUACGGAAUGGCAUUUUGAUAGCAAACAUUUACUUGCGCUUUCCAAGUCGCAAGAUGCACAGGAUAAAAAGAAGUUCUUCAUUGACAUUGGUGAGCUGGCUUGGGAUGAGUACUUUGCCAACACCAUUCGUGGUGUGCGCCAAUAUCUCUCCAAGGAAUCGCCAAAGAAUCUGGAAAAGGCCCGUCGCAAGGACAAAAUUUUGCUGGGUAUGCAUGUGGCGCUGCAGCUGCUCUUCUACUAUGGCGUCUUUAAACUUAUUAUUGGCAUUACCGGCAUUUCAAGCGCCAAAGCGGCACUGGUAUUGCCCAUUUUCUAUUAUCUCUUUGGACUGAUUUAAAUCUCUUUUGUACUUACUAAUAGUUUUCAAAUUUAUCAAUACUAUUUAUCAAUUUUGGUUUGGUAUAUCAUCU